UCAAGACGCAGAGGAGCUACUGCAGGUGCGAGGCUCGGGGCUAGCGACGCGGAGGACAAACUCAUCUCACGAUGGCGUCAGCCAAUGCCACAUACGGACAGAAGGAGUCCUCGGACCAAAACUUCGAUUACAUGUUUAAGAUCCUGAUCAUUGGAAACAGCAGCGUUGGGAAAACCUCUUUCCUGUUUCGAUACGCAGAUGACUCCUUCACACCAGCCUUCGUCUCCACCGUUGGCAUUGACUUUAAGGUCAAAACUAUCUACCGCAACGACAAGAGGAUCAAACUCCAGAUUUGGGACACGGCGGGACAGGAGAGGUACAGGACCAUCACCACAGCGUACUACAGAGGAGCCAUGGGCUUCAUCCUCAUGUACGACAUCACCAACGAUGACUCCUUCAACGCCGUGCAGGACUGGUCGACUCAGAUAAAGACGUACUCCUGGGAUAACGCUCAGGUUUUGUUGGUGGGAAACAAGUGUGACAUGGAGGACGAGAGAGUGGUGGCAGCAGACCGAGGCCGGCAGCUCUCAGACCAGCUCGGUUUUGAGUUCUUCGAGGCCAGCGCGAAGGACAACAUUAAUGUGAAGCAAACGUUUGAGCGUUUGGUGGACAUCAUCUGUGAGAGGAUGUCUGAGAGCCUGGACAACAAUGACCCCACAGUGACGGGGGCCAAACAGGGGCCCCAACUCACCGAGCAGCCGCAGAGGUCCCACCAGGACUGUGCUUGUUAAACCAAGUCCACUCUCACAACACAACACACUCCACAGUACCAAGCCUGCAGUGGACGGACGACACGCUUAUCUACACUCAACCACUACUCUGCUCACAGAGUGAUUCAAAAGUAAGAGCCUUUGCCAUUGAGCCUCAUCAAGUACUAUUUUGCCAGGAUUGUGAUGUCAUCGACAGAAACCCUCUGCAGGUUUUAAGCCCAUAAUUUUUUUGAGAUUCCAUUUAAAUUAAUCAAGGCUUCACAAUGUGGCAGGAGGCAGGUUCUAACAAUAUGGUUCUAUAGUAUUUCACAAUUAAAAUUUAAAAGAUGUUACUCCAAAUCCUAUGACUACAACAUUCUAAACAACAUGCUGGACCCAGUACUUUAGUCCUCUGUCCACUGCAGACCUCCCCGUCCCCUCUCACACACACAGAAACGAGACAUACUGAAACACUGCCAUGACAGAGACACGAGCUGCUCCAUCUACUGCCCCCUAGCCCCUCCCCAUGGCUCGACUGUGUCCGAGGAAUCUGCCUGGACCCAAACACUACGCUGUCCUGUGCCUAGAGCCGCGGGCACACCAAAAACAUGUCAGUGCAUCCACCAAUUUUAAAGAUGCAGUGUGUAACUUUUCUGCUUGAGGGUGUGCCUCCUGCUCGUCUCCAUCAACAUUCACUUUCACUCUCACCUUUGUUUUUGUUGAAAAUUAAACUCCCAAUCAGGACCGUGACCAUUUUGUGAGUUUUUAGAUGAUCUAUUUUGGGCAGUGUUCUUAAUGUGUGCUUUGUGUUACCAUGGUGACUGCAGAACACCCCUAGUGUGAAGUCACUGCCUGAAUGUUCCACAGUCUGGCAUUCAACUUUUCUGUAUCUCCAUGGAGACAAGAGGUUAAUGCCACCAGACCAAGGUCAGAUCUGUGGAGAGGCAAGUAGAAUGCAUAUUUUUUCAUUUUUUAUUUUUUUUUUAGCGAUGAUAAAAACAUGUAAUUGGCUAAAUAUUUGAUAGUUAAGUUAAUGCCAUACUGUGGAACAUUCUUGGCAACCCUAACCCAGGCAGUGGUGUAACCUCAAACAGAAAAGUUACGCAGGGCACCUUUAAGUGUUCAUCGCUAUGCCGUCUUUAUCGUUUUGCUGGUUUGUGGUUUUUGAUCAUGUGACCUGUCUUUCCCAGUGUUGUGUCAAAGUCUGCGUCCAAGUUAGAUUUUGAUUUCAACAGCAAAAGACAAAAAGCAGGUAAAAAUAUGCAGAAGAAAAGAGAAUGUGAAGAUGGACGGAGGUAUUAUGGGCGAUGUGUAGUGUAUCACAAUACUAAAAUGUCAAACUCAAUUUUGAUACUAAAGAAUGUGCUCUUAUAUGCUCAGAGGUCCAUAUACUAGUAUCCAUAUACUAGAAUAUUAUACUAGUCUAUGUGCUUUUACACUUGUUCUGCUCAACAUCAUUCUAAAGACAUUCAGGAAAGGUUCAUUUCUGUCCUGUGAAUGUGACUUUUUUUAGUAUUGAUACCUGCUAAAAUGAGAAUCUAGUUUCAAUACUUCUGACCACCCUAGUGCUAAUCUAGUACAGAGUGGCAAAAGUCUAAAAACGUUUUAUAUGCUUUGUGUGGCUUAGAUUUACCCAGAGAGGAGACAGCUGAGGAAGGAGGAAAGGAGACAUCCGAGGAGGGAGGAAAGGAGAUGGGAGAGGAGACAGCUGAAACUGAAAAGGAGGCAGGCAAGGAGAUGAACAAGGAAAAAGGAAAGGAGACAGGAGAGGAGACCUAAGAGGAAGGAGGAAAGGAGACAGGCAAGGAGAUAAACAAGGAAAAAGGAAAGGAGACAGGAGAGGAUACUUUCAAAAAUGAAGGAAUGGAGACCUCAUCUGAGGAAGGAGGAACGGAGGUAGCUAAGGAGGAAGGAAAUCAGACAUCUGUGGAAGGAGGAAAGGAGACAGGAAAGAAGACAGGAUAGGAGACACUUGAGGAAGGAGGAAAGGAGACAGGAGAGGAGACAUCUGAGGAAUCAUGUGUUUAGGGAGCACAGAAGCGUGCAUGUACAUGUGAGCAUGUUCUAUUGUAUCAAGUCAAAUCAUUGAUAAUGGAGCGUGUUCUCCCAGUAUCUGACAACAGUACACAUGUUUCUACAUUUCUAUAUUUCUAGAAACUCACUGAGUGCACAACAAUACCUCUGUCCAUCUCCAACUAUUUUAAAUUAUUGGAAUGAAGAUCAACAGUCCCGCCCACUCAGUUUGCGCAGGAUCUGGAAGUACAUUUUCCAUUUAUUUUUCUCAUAAACAAAAUAUUUAAAUAUUAAAGUUGCAUCGUGUAACUUUGAUGGAGGGUCUGUCUGAUGAUUUUCUCCAUGGACAUGCUUUGUCAGAAAUGUUUCUCAGUGUGGCUCUCAUCAUGGAGACCAAGUUACAUGUCAGAUCUGUGGAGAGGCGACCCCGCUCACAGUCACAGUGCCUGUUUUUCGAGGUAUUUUUGAGCUCUGAAGCCACCUGUAAUUGAAUAAAUGUAAGCUGGAUCUGUUUACUGUGGAACAUUCUAAGCAGAGCAAUGACCUCUCCGUAGAAACAAGAAGGUGACAGACCCCCAACCAAAAAGUUACACAGUGCACCUCUUAAUAUUAUGUUUUUCCAAAAGUCUAUGGGAAAUUAACUUCUGGACCCAGGGAGAGGUCACUUUUGAUCUUUGUUCCCACUUAGACAAAAAACAUGCAGAAAACCUGUUAAAACACUGCUUAACAUUUCACAUUAUUUUUCCUUUUUGUUUUUUUAUAAGUACAGAUAUAAAAUUAUGACUCUUAAACAGAGAAUAAGCAUUUUAAUGUAAACUUUUGCGCGCAUACAUAAUAGAAGUAUAUAUGACAUGGGUGAGACUGUUUGUGUGGGUAAGGCAUGACUGUAGUCGGGUUUCCGUACGUCAACUAAUAUUCAAGCAUUAAAAAGAACUUAUUUAUUUAACAGAAGAUGUAUUUAUAAUGAACUAUAUCUAUAUGUGAUCACUAGUGUGUAAAUGUCACUGGAUUCACCUCAUGGAAACCCUAUGUUACGACUGUGAUGAGACUUUUGUAUUUUUAGUUCAAAGUACGAAGAAGGGAAGGACUUGCCUCUCGUCACUCACAACUAUUUAUUUUGUACUAUUUAUUUGGCAGCGUUCUUCCUCCAUCUCUCCAUUGCACUGUACAUUUCAGAGCUUCUUUUUUUUUUAAACGUGAUUUCAGUAGUAAUCAAGGCUUUAAAAAUAUCGUGUUUACAGCCAGUCGUACAUUCCAGCAUCUCAGUUGUGUUUGUUUUUUGAUAUGAGUCACUUGACGUCGUAAAGCAAAGCAGACUGUUCUUCUCCAGAGCAAUAGCUUCGCCCAGGGCUCUGCAACUUUUAACAGCUGAAGAGACACCAGUAUGAUAUCAAUGUAAGAACAGAGUCAGACUGAUAAAUAAUAAUCAAUAAAAUAGUCUAAAAGUAGUAUGAAAAUGUAAGAAUUUGUAUUUAUAAUCUUUGUGGGAGUACGGGGGGGUGUGGGGGUUAUCUCCCAGGGAUUCUCUUGCAUUCUGGUGCAUUUUUGUAUGUAACAUUUGGAACUGCAAAAGACUAGAACAUCAAACAUCAUCACCAACACUUUACUUUUGAAUUACUUUAAACACACGAUUUUAUUUGACACCCCAGAGGUUCUGUGCUGAAUAAAGGAAAUAGCCUACACUUUGCUAUGCUACAAACAUGGUUAAAACUUCAUUUAUUAGGCUUUGUUAUUAUUCUUAAACGUUUUUUUUUCUCAAAGUGCAAAGAGGCUUUAAAGAGCUGCUCUUCAGCCUCUGGUUGCAGAGCCCUGACCUGACCUGCGCCCCCUCCUCUGCCCCUCCACACCAUAGACUGUACAUAUAUAUUCUUAUAUAUUCUUUCUCCAGUCUAUGCUCCACCUGAGUAUCCAUGGAGACUGUCACCGGGAGACCAAAGACGAGCGGAGCCCUGGUGUAGCAAAGGGAAACGCGUUUGACCGACUCUGAACUUGAUGCUUUAUUUCUACGUUUUUAAUGUUUUUAUUUUUGGUUUUUAUUGCGUUUUUGCUACAGCUGUGAACUGUCCAUCCCUUUCAGUGUAAAUAGGAAUUUCUGCCCCCUGCUGGGUGUUAGUUACAUUGUGUGAAUUGUGCUGUAAUUCUGAAAUGCUGAAGAUUUGUUUAAAAAAUAAAGAUUAUAUCAAAGAAUAA